AUGAGUUUAACUAAGGCAGAUCCCAAUAAGCAAGGCUGGGAAGACUCUGAAUUCCCCAUCGUUUGUGAAACUUGUUUAGGUGAUAAUCCCUAUGUUCGCAUGACCAAGCAGCCAUUUGGAAAAGAGUGCAAGAUUUGUCAACGUCCUUACACUGUUUUCCGCUGGUUACCUGGUACCAAUGCUAGAUAUAAAAAGACUGAAAUCUGCCAGACCUGCGCCAAAGUAAAGAACGUUUGUCAGACCUGUGUUUUGGAUUUACAAUACGGUUUGCCUGUCGAAGUCAGAGACAAAGCACUGAACCUCAAAUCAGAAGCCCCUUCCACAGAUAUCAAUCGACAGUAUUUUGCACAAAACCUCGCCUCAAAGGUAGAGGAUGGUGGCGAUGGAGAGGGAAUCUACGAUGCUGCCAAAUUGACACCAGAGAGCCGUGAUAUCCUGAGCAAAUUAGCAAGAAGCGAACCUUAUUAUAAACGCAACAGAGCUCAUAUCUGUUCCUUCUUUCUCAAGGGUGAAUGUAAGCGUGGAGAAGGAUGUCCAUAUAGACACGAGCUUCCUGGGGAGAAUCAAUCGACCGUGAAACAAAACAUCACAGAUCGUUACAAUGGUGUGAAUGAUCCAGUUGCAAGCAAGAUGCUGAAUAGAGUUCGUGGUAGCAAUAGUGGUUUAACACCACCCGCCGAUAAGACUGUGACUACACUAUUUGUUACGGGCGUCGAAUCAGAGAUCACUCAAGACGAUUUACAGGGCUUCUUUUAUGUUUUUGGUGAUAUCAAAUCAAUUAUCGUUGCCCACAAAACAAAGUGUGCUUUCAUCAAUUUCUCUACAAGAACAUCAGCAGAACUGGCAGCAGAUAAAGUGGCCGAAGUUGGAUUGAAAUUGAAGGGGCACGCACUCAAGGUGGUCUGGGCUAAACCCAAACCUCACUCCGGCAAGAGCAACAGCAGCAAACCUAUAGAUUUCAACAAGAUGCAGCCACCUGCUCCACCAAGCAUGUCUGGCAAAGAAACACAGAAAUAUCCUAGUCAGAAUCCCAGUGCUCAAGGAUCGACCUAA